AUGGCCUUUUUGUUUAAAUCGAAAAAAGCCCAACAGGGCACUGCGCUCCCUCCGGCAUCGAGAAAUGUUCACACUUCCGAGGGGUCUACUUCGUCAGCGACGCCGCCCCUGUCCAACGGACCCAAGGUCGAAGGAAAUGCUUUUGCGCAGACCACGACUCCGAGCAGCAGUUACAACAACUCUCUCAACUCCGCCACAAGUCCGACUAGCCCGGAUUCCGUGAGAAUGCGACAACGCGCCGAGUCAGAAUCUCAGGUCCAACGGCCGCCGCAGGGCCCCAAUGGUGUGCCUCCGCACAGUCCAAACUCGUCCCUAUACCCAUGGUCACAACGUCGUCUCAACUUCUCCACACCCCAAACGAACCCCUUCCCCCGCUAUGGCGCCGCUAUCAAUUCAGUCGCUUCGAAAGAGGGUGACAUCUACAUGAUGGGAGGGUUAAUUGAUGGCUCUACUGUCAAGGGUGACCUGUGGAUGAUCGAAAGCAGUGGCGGUAGUUUGUCUUGCUUUCAGGUUGCGACGGUGUCAGAAGGACCCGGCCCCCGAGUUGGUCAUGCCAGCUUACUUGUCGGAAAUGCGUUCAUCGUCUUUGGUGGUGACACCAAGAUCAAUGAAACCGACGCCCUGGAUGAUACUUUAUAUCUUCUGAAUACUUCUUCUCGACAAUGGUCUCGGGCCAUCCCUCCCGGCACCCGUCCUUCCGGUCGCUAUGGGCACACAUUGAACAUUCUUGGCUCCAAGCUUUACGUCUUUGGUGGACAGGUCGAGGGUUUUUUCUUCAACGACUUGAUCGCAUUCGACUUGAAUCAACUCCAGAACCCCGCAAACAAGUGGGAAGUUCUUGUUGCCAACAGCCAUGAGGGGGGUCCUCCAGAGGGCCAAAUACCUCCCGCUCGAACCAAUCACUCACUCGUCAGCUAUAACGACAAGCUAUACUUAUUCGGUGGCACAAACGGCGUGAAAUGGUUCAACGAUGUCUGGACUUUUGAUCCCCGAGCUGGUGUCUGGACUGAGAUGGACUGCGUGGGUUUUAUCCCUACGCCCCGAGAGGGCCACGCAUCGGCCUUGGUCAAUGAUGUGAUGUAUGUGUUUGGCGGUCGUACGGACGAGGGAGUUGAUCUUGGAGAUUUAUCUGCAUUCCGGAUUUCUACACGCCGCUGGUACUCUUUCCAGAAUAUGGGGCCCGCUCCGUCCCCACGAUCCGGCCACAGUAUGACUGCCUUUGGUAAACAGAUCAUUGUGAUGGCUGGUGAGCCUAGCUCGGCUCCAAGAGAUGCCGCAGAGCUCAGCAUGGCGUAUAUUCUCGAUACCUCCAAGAUUAGAUACCCCAACGACUCCCAAUCGGCCGAUCGUGGUGCAGUAUCCGGUGUCAGAAAAGCCAGCAUGGAUAAAUCAGGCCCUCCUUCGGGUCGGACGUCUCGUGAAGCUCACAAUGCGACACCCGAUCAAGGAGCCCGUCGCGGGCCUACUCCCUCACGCGAAAGCCUAGUGCAGGCCGCAAAUGGUAGACCUGGCGACUUCGGCUCCAACCCCAACCUUGGGCCAGGAUCUCGACUUCCUCGGGCUUCAAUUGCACAGGCGCCCUCUGGACCUCCACCCCCAGGGCAAGCCCCAUCCCCAGGGCCUCGCCCCAACGGGCCCCAGUCUGGACCCCGGAGCAAGACACCCACCAAGAAUGAACGCGGCUUCACGCCAACUGUCGAUAUUCGAGUUGCGAAUGCUGAUAGAGGUGCAGAAUCACCCGUCGCAAAGGAUAAUCAGGAUAGCUCCGCCUCGUCCGGUCAACGCACCCCAACUCAACAACAACAAAAGAUAAAUGCGAAGGCCAUGGAAGCUGGGGAAGCGGCCCCUCUGAUCGCGCCAGCGCGUCAAAGGUCACUGCGCUCGCAUCGUCAACGUGGCUCAAUGGACAGUGCAGAAGAGUCGGUUCUCGGACGUCAAGCCAGCAUCGACGGCUCAAUUGAAUCUCGAAGCUAUCGCAACUCUCGAAGCCUCGCUGAUGAACCUCGCUCGCCACGACUAACCCCCCACCAAGAGGCAUUGAUUAAGGAACUCGAGGCCGCCAAGGCUCGUAAUGCUUGGUACGCUUCUGAGCUAGCACUGGCGAAAAAGGGUGGAUAUGUACCAAAUGCCUCAAGUAGCCCCGCCCUGGAUGACCGUGCAAGAGAGUCUCUAAACGAUGAGGAUCGUCCGCUAGUCGAGGCAUUCCUCGCAAUGCGGGCAGAGCUGAGCAAAAUGCAAACGACGGUGGACCGACAGGCUGCGAUCGCUUCCAAGCGCAUUGCCGAGGUUGAACACCAACGUGACGUGGCUGUAAACGAGGCAGCUUAUUCCCGCGCCAGGCUUGCUGCUCAUGGCGGCAGUCAACGUGGAACACCCCAGCCUGAAGCUCCUCGCGAGGGAGAAGAUGAGCGACCUACCGACAUGGGUCGGCGUCUUGCGCUGGCUCUGGCAUCCCAGUCUGAGCUCAGAGCCAAAUUGGAUAUUUUGACAACGGAUCUAUCGCAAGAGAGGCAAGCGAAAGAGCUUGCGGAGGAUACCAACGAGGCUACUCGGAAGCGCCUCGCGGAGCUUGAAAUGUCAAAUAAUGCGCUGGAGGCGGAGAAUCUUCGAGCGGAGCUCCACCGUGCCGAAGCCACUGCUCGGGAGGAGUCUCUACUCCGUUCUGAGGCGGAAGCUUCCUUGCGACAGAUCACCAUUGACAAGGAGGAGCUUUUGACGCAGGUUGAGGACCACUCAGGCCGUUUGAAGGACUUUGGAAGCAAUUUCGGUGGCCUUCGAGAAGCUGUCGCCGCGUCCGCCGCCAAAGCAGCAAUUGUUGAGAAGCAGUUGGGUGAGGAAAGAGAACGCCGCGAGGGCUUGGAGAAGAAACUUCUGCAACUUCGAUCUGAGUACGAGGAGCGAACCACCGAGCUUGAGAAUGUCAACUGCCGCCUUCGUGACGCCGAGGAGUUGGCCGAAAGCCACGCUAAGGAAGCAGAAACCCAUAAGAUGGCGUUUGUUUCAGGCCUUGAGCGUGCUUCCUCGACUGAUUUGGAAGCUUCCAUGCGAUCCCGGGCUGACCAGAGAGUUGCCGCCCUAGAAGCUCAGAUUGAACGGUCUUCGACUCUUGCGAAGGCUAACCAGGCUGCUGCCGAUUCCGCCGCCGACAAAUUACGUCGCGCUGAGGGUCGGAUUGCUGGACUCGAGGCUUAUCAAGAACAGGCUAGUCGAGAAGGCUUGCAACUUCGCCGACAACUCCAAAGUGCUAUGAAGGAUAGCCAAGCGGCAACUGCAGAAAUUCGGGACCUGAAGACCCAGCUGGAAUCUCAACAACGGGAGACUGGUGCAUUAAAUGUUCAACAUGCGGCUCUGAAGGAUCUGCUUGGCGAACGUGGCAUCAAUCCUGAUAGCCGUCGGUCUCCUCGUCUUGAGUCCCCUGGCUCCCGCUUUGGGACUCCAGAACAGAGCAGGUUGCGCGAGCUUGAGCAACAGCUAUCUAAUAGUAUGAAGGCUCACGAAGAUAUGAAGUCUGGCUUUGAGACUCGAGAGCAGGAGGCGGACAAGGCAUUCCGAGAGAAGCUUGAGCAGCUUGAGAAUGAUUACCAGUCCGCAGUACACUACGUGAAGGGUACCGAGAAAAUGCUCAAACGCAUGAAGGAUGAAUUGAGUCGUUAUAAGACACAGAACUCCAAGAUGCAGUCUGAAUUGGAGGCUGCUCAGAAGAACGCGGAGGAUGUUAGCAACCAGUCAGAGAUCUCUGCUGAAUGGGAGGUCGAACGGUCUCGCCUGCAGAAGUCCAUUGCAGAGCUUGAGCACAACACUUCUUCUUCUCUCGAAAACCUGGAGGGGCAAAUUUCCGAACUAAAGGCGCAGCUUGUGGCUGCUGAGACCGAGAAAACGAGUGCACAGAAUGAGUAUCAGCGCAUCAAGGAAGAGAUUAUGUCGACUGCGGAGCGCAGCCGCGCCGAACUGGAUCAGCUGAAGCAAGAAAACAGCCAGCUCGAGACCCGCGCCUCGGAUGCGGAAAAGAAAGUGAACAUGUUGUUGGAGCAAGUUGAGACUUCGGUGGGCCACUACCGCCGUCAAUCACAGCAUGGACAGGGUCCUAACGGGAUCUCACGCAGUCAUAGCAACGCAUCUAGCAAUACCGUCAGCGGUAGGCCACGAGCCGAUAGCAACGUCUCCCAGGAGUCCACCUCCUUCCCCGAUAACCGUGGCUCCAUGGCCUUGGACUCUCUCGCCAACGAACUAGAGGCCCUUCGCACCCACUGGGAAAGCACCAACCGCAACUAUCGCCUGAGCAGCCAGCUGGACAUGGAGCGAACUCCGACCAAGGAGAAUAGCGAGGGACCUGCUUUGAUGAGCGACAGUCUAGCAGAUUGGAGACGACGACUUGACGAGGAAGAGCGUGUGAGUAAGACCAAGCCGCUGAAUGUCGGCAAUGGUCCCUCGAAUGUGAUCUGA